AUGUUGUUCUACCUGACAACAUUAAACCUCAUAUGGUUUUUGCAUGAAGACCCGCCAGCUGUUACGGAAGGUAAUUCCGAUAGUAAGGCUGCAUGCGAUGCGUGGUCGCACGGAGAUUUCCUGUGCCUUAACUACGUUCUCAACGCAUUGUAUAACGUGCAUUGUUCAAUAGAGAUGGCAAAAUCUCUAUGGGAGUCACUUGAAAGGAAAUACAAAACCGAAAGCGCUGGGUUGAAGAAAUUCAUCGUCGGCCGGUUUCUGGAUUUCAAAAUGCUAGAUUCCAAGAGCGUAACAUCUCAAGUCCAAGACAUGCAACUGAUAAUGCAUGAUCUGGAUGCUGAAGGCAUGAAGUUGAACGAGUCAUUCAAAGUAGCCACAGUAAUCGAGAAACUCCCUCCGUUAUGGAAGGAUUUCAAAAAUUACCUAAAGCACAAGCAAAAGGAGAUGGGACUUGAAGACCUAAUCCUGAGGCUACGAAUAGAGGAAGAUAAUCGAAAGAUGCUCGACUCUAGAGGAACGAAGCGGCAAUCGACGAGAUGUCCAACCUGGUUGAGCCAAAAGCCAAAAAGCCGAAGCAAUCCAAAAAGAAUGCUCAAGGCAAGAAAUUCAAGGGCACAUGCUACAAUUGCGGAAAUCCAGGGCACAUGUCCAAGGAUUGCAGACGCCCGAAGAAACCAACCAAAAGUCAGAAGGAUGCUGCGAACUAAGUUAUAA